AUGCGGCUGCCCACAAGGUGUGCGGUCAAUGGGCGCCGGCCAAAUUGCCUGGGUCCCCUUUGGUUUCCUCCAGGGCCGGAUGCGUCAGCUCCUCUGCCUUCUUCCCAGGCCCUAGAAGCUCCCCGUGGCCACAGAAGGCCGCGCAGUUGUUUUAGUCUCGCUGAUAUCUAUGAUAAAGUAUCAGAGGAAAUCCAGAAGAAAGGCUUUGACUGUGAGUGUCUAGGUGGUGGACGAAUCUCCCACCAGAGCCAAGACAAGAAGAUUCAUGUAUAUGGCUACUCCAUGGGUUUUGGACGUGCUCAACAUUCACUCUCCACAGAAAAGAUCAAAGCUCACUACCCUACCUAUGAAGUCACCUGGGCUGAUGAUGGUUACUGAUGGGGCCCGGCUUGCUGCCUUCUCGGCUGUCAGAGCUGCUCUUGAACUCUUGAGCCCCCCUUUUUGUUGUGUUGUCUGAAGGGGGCAUGUGAUUGAUACCUGGUGUUUGCCUCUCUUGUGCCUUCCAGUGCUGUGGUGCCUAGCUGGGACCCACGGGGCCUUCAGGCACAGAAUUCCCAACUGGAAUUAAAAGUGGCAGCCCCCAUGCUG